AUGGAUCGAAGAGAAGAUAAUGAAGAGGAUAAUUACUCAGAUUCUGAGAACUCUCCAAGUCAUGAUAGUCCCGGUGCUUACUUCGAUGAUAAGAAUUACUACCAACAUUAAAAAGGCCAUUAUUAGAUGGAGUAGUAGAUUCAGAGAUAAACUUAGUCUAAUAUUAAUAGCAGGCAAUAACUGAUAGAUGAUGAACUUUAGAAUGAACUUAUAAGCAGGAGAUAGCAAUUAGAAUAUUAAAAUCAAAUGAGAUCCACAGUUCCACCAAGUCAAAUUGUAUAAGACAGAAUUUAAAAGCUUUUCAAUGAAACCAAGGAUAUAUAAAAGAGAGUUUAGCAGGACUAGUCUUACCAAAAGUCAGACCGAUAGGAAGAGCAGUAUUAAAAUUUGAAAAAUGAUUACUUUUCAUCUGACCCAAAUAUGGAUCUCAAAGAUAGUUUGAGAUUUGCUGAAACUUAGAUAAAUAGAAUGAAGGAUACAAAUAUCUAACUAACAAAGAGAUAUGAGCAUGCUCAGGAGGAGAUAGAGAAGUCACAUGAUUAAAUUGCUAGAUAAGCCUAGCACAAUCAUAACUUAAAACUUUAAAAUGAACGACUUUAACAAGACUUGGAUGAAUUAGUUAUGCAGAAUUAAAAUUUGCUUUAAAGGCAAUCAGAGGAUGCAAUCUCAUUCGAGAGAAGAAUUGAACACCUAUCAUAGGAAUUAUAGCAGUACAAAAAGAUGAUGAUAUCAAAAGAUGAUAGCUUACGGUAGAUAUAGUUGGCAAAUGAACAACUAAAAGAGAAAAAUUUUUAGUUUGAGAGUGAAAUCUCACUUAAGAUUGAGGAAAUUGAUAAUCUAAGGAAUGAAGCAAGGAAAAAAGAAGAGCUACUUGAUUAGUUCUUUUUGAAUCGAGGUGCAGAGACUGCAUUCAAAAUUGAAAUGGAGUAGUUAAGAGAGGAUAAUAAGAGAUUAAUGAAGCUUCUUAAAUCUACUAAAGAGUAUUAGGAAUUCGCUAAUUAUGUCGAAGAUUCAGGUGGAAACGUUAGAAAUGUUGAGAAGGACUUUGUCACUCAGUAUGAACAGUAAUUACCAGCUGAAGAUGAAAAUUGGGUUCCAUAAGAGGCAUUUACAUUGGCUCACUAAUUUAGAGAGAAAAGUGGCAAUGAACUUACACCUCAACUGGUGAAUUAAUUACUUCAAGAUUUGAACAAGAUUUGGAGGGAGAGAGAAAAAAAGCAGAUAUAAAGAAUCAAGUAAUAGUCUUAAAAUGAAAUCAUCUAACUUAAAAGGUAACUGAGUCAUAGAACUACUUUUGAUGAGGUUCAUGCAAAGAAAAAUAUUUCUAGAUUAAAGAAUAAAUUGCAUACUGUCAAAACUGAGCUCUCCAAGACUUAGGCUGUCAAAGAUAAAGCUAAAUAGCAGCCUGUAGGGAUCGAUUUAGUUGAUAACACCCUCUAAAUCAUAACUUCAAUGCAAUAGCAGAGAAAGCUAAUAGAGUAGGAGAAUUAAGAUUUGAAAGAUAAAUUGAAGAAAUUUGAGAUGAUUAGGGGCAACUAAGAUUAUGAUAAAGCAAAAUAUAUGGAGGGAGCAGUUUGGAUGGGAAAAAGAGUAACCAAUGAAAUUGAGAAAGUGUGCACUUCGAUCGAGAGUAUAAUUGCUGAAUACAAUACCAGAACAGCUGGCGUUACUUUCAACAAUCAACAAAUGAAUAUGUCUAAUUCUUUUGGAAUGAAACAAUAGUAACAGGAUAUUCAAACUGUGCAGAGAGCUCAAAUCUGGCUUCUUGAAGCUGUAAAGCAAUGCACUUUUGAAAUGUAUGAAACUAGCAUUACGAUGCUAGAAUCUGCUGUGUAUCAUAUGGAAGAUGCCUAAAAUAAAUUAGGAGAAGUAGACUUGCUGGGUUCAGUUACCAGAGAUCUAACAAAUUUGAAUAUCAGAACAUCUCAAAAUGACUAAUUAAGGAAUCAGAAUUUAAACCCUAAUUAUAUGAUGAGCACAAAUAAAAGUAGCACAAUGAAAAGACCUCUAGAAAAGCAUUCUUAUACUGAUUAUGAAAAGAGCUAGUCAUCAGAGGGUGACGUAGAGUCAAUGUUUAGAGCUACAGCCAGAUUUUAAUAAUGA